UCACACAUACUCACUCACUCACUAAUCUGGUCGCACGGUCGUACUGUCCUACUACAAUACAGGGCAGAGAAAGCUGCCAAGGGUCGUCGUCGAUGGACGCGGAGGCCAGCGCGGGCGGCGCCAUAGCCGCAGCACCACGGACCAAGGCGUGGGAUUGGGAGGGGCGGGUGGUGUCGGCGGUGCCGGCUGCGACGGCGGACGAGGCGUGGGCGCUCCUGUCGGACUUCCUGGCGUUCCACCGGUGGCACCCGCGCGUGCCGAUAUGCCGCCUGGCGGCGGGAGCCACGGCGCCGGCCGCCGGGUGCGUGCGCUACUGCGAGGGCACCCCGCCCGGCGACGGGGCGCCGGCCGACUGGGCGCACGAGACGCUCCUCGAGCACGACCAGGCGCGCCGCUUCUUCCGCUACGAGAUGAACGACAACAACAUGGGCUUCGGCGCCUUCUUCGCCGCCUUCCGCGUCGUCCCCGCCGCGGCGCCGGCCGGCGGGUGCGAGCUGCGGUGGGAGUUCCAGUGCGAGCCCGUGCGCGGCACGCCCAAGGAGGCGCUCGUGGCGCGCCUGCAGGCCGGGCUCGACGGCAUGGCGGCGCGUGUGCGCGAGCACGUCCUGUCCGCGCGCGCCGCAGCCCCCAGCGUGGCGGCCGGGUUGGAGGCCGCCGAUGAGCUCUGCAGGCUGGACAACUCUAUCGCCGUCUGAGCUUUGUGAACGCUUUAGACGUACUCACGUCACUAGUACACGUGUACCAGUGUACCACGUACUAUGAUGUAUGUUCCGGCUGUGAUCUUCUUGUUUCUUCUCGCGGCACUAGGUUAUCCGGUGGUACUUUCUUCCUCUCUUGUUGUGUUCUGGGCCUUGGCGACUUGCCAUCAUCAUGUAUGUAUGUACGUACCUACCGUUUACUAU